CUUUCCCCGUACUUGGCAAACUCUUGGAGGAUAUUGAAAGUCUAGCAAGAUUUUUAUUUGAAAGCUGCUUCCACAGAAAUUGCUGGUAAAUCUGGUCCCCUUGGCUAUACUAAAGAAUGACACAGUAGCGGAGCAGAAAGAUCGAUUUCGCUUGGAUCAAUUUCAAAGCUCGAACAUUCUUUUGUGUUGGUAGUUUGAAUACAAAUUCUUUGUCUCUGUAAAUAACAGCUUCUUUCGAUGAGUUUUGUAUGUGUGCUGGGUAUGCAUGAAGUUGGCUGGGAAGGUGAUAGAUACACUCCUGUCGAAAAGAAUGCAACUUUGGCCAAAACAACAAAGGGAACAGCAUCUCCGGUGACUACGAACGGCUAUGACCUAUCCAACGGUAAUGGCGUGAACGGGGACGUGGCUAGCUACCUCUUUGAACGGCAAGGCGUCGCAACGAGCUUCACGAAAUCGGUCACGAUGGACGAGAAUACAUUUGCUGGCAAACACUGGGCCGUCAACGAGAAAUCGGAAAACACAAACAAUAAUGUUUCUGAUCUGGAAGAAAACUUUCAAGGAAUGAGUAUGAAUGAUGAGAAGGAGCCAAAAGCCAAUAUGCAAGAGAUUGCGUCAACGGCAAAAAAUCUUUGGCCUGAGGGUGACGAAGAGGCUGACGGGAAUGGCAUGUUCAAUGAACCAUGGGAUUCCAACAAUUUGUUGCCGUCCGUACCUCGGGUGACGUCAGAACAUGCGAUAUCGCAGCCAAUCAACAUGGCUAGACCUGUGAACGGCCGAAACUAUAACGGGGUGGACCAGCACGGCGUCUUGUCGCCGCGUUCGACGGACGGCGUGGGUAUGAGUGUAGCUGAGUUUGUUCUUGGGUCGUCGCCAGGCGUUGUCGAUAUUGAAGCACAGUUAACAAAAAUGAAAGCUAGGAUGAAUCUACCGGAGAAAGACGAGAAGGAAUUGAAACCAGAGGUCUCCAUUGCAAACCAGGCCGAACAUUCGAGGUUACCGUUUGAAGAUGAGACCGCUGAUGAAGUGAGAAGUCUUUUGAAACGUGAACAAAAGAACAAGUCACCUCAGCCGGUACAGAGACCGCCGCCUGAUGAAAAACCUCUCAAUUUUAGCCGCACACCUGGAAGCCGGCAGUCCUCUCCGGCAGAGCAACAAGCCUUUGCCGACGCUCAACCAAACCAGGUCCCAACAACAAAACCGUCGACGCCCGUCAAACCACUCGCCAAGCCAGAUGCCAACGAUCAAAUCCUGAUGGACCCUUUGGAGAGCAAUAAUUUCGAUAAUUUUCCAAUGAACUAUGGGAACGCACUCCAGAACGACAUGGUCGUCAGCGCUUCGUCAUAUUUCAACGGUCAGCCGGUGCAAAUGGUUGCCUCGCAACGAUCACAACAGCAGAUAGCCAUGGCGGCACAACAGCAGCAACAACAACAGCAACAACAACUCGGUAUGCAGUCGACGGCAUACCCCGGGAAUUCGUAUUUCAUCGCGGCUUCCCCCACCCAAGAUCCGUACGGGGGCGUCCCCAUGGCUACCGUCCCCAGCCCCGGUCAGGCGCAACAGGUGGUUCACCCACAGUACCAGGCAACCUACAACGCUGUGCCCUGGGGCGUGUACCAGCCAUCGAGCACAGGGCAGUUUGCUGUGCAGCAGCAACAAGCGCAGCUCCUCAGAGCCACGCCCAGUUCAGGUCGACCAGCCGGGAGUGAAGUAAUACCACAACAGCAAAACACGCUGUCGCUCGGCAAUUAUCAGCUGCUUGCAGCCCCAGGAGCCUCGUUGAACAUCGGUAAUGCGUACUACGAUCAGUCGGGGAACGUCGUCGUCGGAACAGCCCAGGGCCUCGCGACUGCGCAGAUCGCCAACCAGUCCGUCCGUAUGAUCCAGCCGUUGAUGAUCAACGACGUAGGACAAGCGAGUGGCCGCGUUGCCAACGCUCCCAAUGGUCUGCGGUUGUUCAGCCAACCCCAGGGUCAGCAGCAGUUGACGGCGAUUGGUAACCAAGGAUCGUUGGGGUACCUCACGCAAAGCUCCCCGGGCAACGCCAUGUCGGGCUUGCAGCUUAGCAACGGGGGCGUGAUCAACAACGUCGGAGGGACGUCCGGGAACUUGGGGAGCAUUGGAGGUGGUGCUGGUCAACCCGAGGGACUGAUGAGCGACCUCGGCCGACGUCAGCCUGUGCCAAUGUAUGGUGCAUCCAGCCCUCUUGGUAGUAUAUCGGUCAGUUCACAGCCGCAACCCAUUGGUAUUCCAGAACUACAAACACCACCCUUGAGCAGUGGAUUUCACGUUGGUAGCCCUAUUGGUAGUGGUAUGUCACAGUACAUGCCGUCCCCUGCACCUGGCAGUGAUCGAAAAUACACCAGCGCUUUGAACGGCCUCUCGAGUGCAGGGUUGUACAGCGGUAGUCCACUAUCCUCGAGCGCGUUUCGUGGAAGUCGCCUGAAAGAGUCCAGCCGUAGCAGGCUGUUGGAAGACUUCAGAAAUAACCGCUUUCCAAAUAUCCAGCUUCGAGAUCUCGCCAACCACAUCGUCGAAUUCUCGCAGGAUCAACACGGAUCUCGUUUUAUACAGCAGAAACUGGAGCGCGCCUCGCCGAACGAGAAGCAGAUGGUCUUUAACGAGAUUCUCCCCGCCGCCUACAACCUCAUGACGGAUGUGUUUGGGAAUUACGUCAUACAGAAGUUCUUCGAGUUUGGCAACAGAGAACAGAAGCAACAUCUCGCGAACUGCAUUCAAGGUCACGUGCUGCCCCUGGCGUUGCAGAUGUACGGCUGUCGUGUCAUCCAGAAAGCCUUGGAGUGUAUUCCCGCUGACCAACAGAAGGAACUUGUUAGAGAACUGGAUGGUUAUGUGUUGAAAUGCGUAAAGGAUCAGAAUGGAAAUCACGUUGUCCAGAAAUGCAUUGAAUGUGUCGACCCAGUCUACCUGCAUUUCGUCAUCAUUGCUUUCAAGGGACAGGUUGUAACGCUAUCAACCCAUCCUUAUGGUUGCCGCGUGAUUCAACGUAUCCUUGAACAUUGCAACCAGGAACAAACCUCCCCGAUCCUCGAAGAACUCCACGAUAACAUCGAGAGACUGGUGCAGGACCAGUAUGGCAAUUACGUCAUUCAACACGUCCUUGAACAUGGCACUUACGAAGACAAAAGCAAAAUAGUCAUGCAACUCAAGGGGAAUAUUGUACUGCUUAGUCAGCAUAAAUUUGCAAGCAAUGUUGUGGAGAAGUGCAUCACGCAUGCGUCGCGGCCAGAUCGUGCAAUUCUUAUUGAAGAAGUUUGUAACAGCACCGAUGGACCACAAAGUGGUUUAUUUAGCAUGAUGAAGGAUCAAUUUGCAAAUUAUGUCGUUCAAAAAAUGAUCGACGUUGCCGAAGCGCCCCAGAGGAAGCUCCUCAUUGUGAAAAUACGACCAUAUGUCGCGACCCUAAAGAAAUACACGUAUGGAAAACACAUUUUGGCCAAGCUGGAGAAAUAUAUGAUCAAACCCGGCUUGGAGUAUUCGCCGUUUGGAAACACGUUGCUAUGACAACGUAAUCGCCCGGGGGCACCCCCCAUCCCUCCCAACCUAUAUAGGGAGAGUGGGGACCCAUUCAAAGAGGUGCCCCCAUGUCGGCCAGUGCAAAGCUACUGGCCUUCACUGUGUACAACGCUAACCUGACGAAUUUUUACGACAUAGCACAGUUUUUAUCUCUCGUGUAAUGAUAAUGCUCGUGGUGCCAAAUGAUGUAUAAUGCGGUUGUAUGUUUGUAACUAGGCAACAGUGUGUAUUAUUUGUGGGUCGACGAUUUUUAAACCUUGAUUCAAUCUCGCCCCGGCCUUAAUAAUUUGUAUUUAGUGUAAGAAUGUUAAUAUGGCACUACCAUCGUUGUAUAGCCGUUAUAUAGAUAGUGUGUAGACAAAGUAAAGGUGCAGAAAUCUUUGGCCUAAAGUUAUCUAUGAAGAUUUUAUACCCCAAAAUUAUCAGUUAAAUUAGCUAGGUUUUCUCCUUUCGUGGCAAAAUUCAGAGAUUCUAAACAUCAAAACAGCAAUAUUUUUAGAAACAAGCCACAGGGUGCAUAAAGACCCGACUUUAAAAAUUCCAAGAAUUCCACAAUAAUGUGAAUUUCUUGGGAAUUAUAAACACUAUUUCUUUAUCAUGUUCGUCAUAGAUUGGACAGGCGUGGAAAGAUUUACAAAUAUCGUUUACUUAAAACCAUCACAAAUGAAAAUUGUAUAUUACAAACUGUCGAAAUUAGAUGUUUAUAAGUUAUAAAAAGCGACUUCUUCAAUUAAAAAAAGCCUGCACAAAAUUUGCACUGUAUUAUAUUUUUGUAAAUGAAAAUGCUAUUAUAAAUUGGUUUUAAUUAUAACUUUCCUUGUUUAAUAACUGUGUGAAAAAGAGUAAUAACGCCAAAGAUUUUUAAACCUUUCGUAAUUAUUUCCCCUCCCCCCAUGGUAUAAUUUGUAAAAGUGUGUAACAAUUAUUUAGCAACCAAUGAAGUGUGAUAUGAAAAUUUCAAUUUGUACAAACGAUGUACAUUUGUGCAUAAUUUAGGAUUUUUGAGGAUAUGUAAGGUAAUCUAUGGACCUCGCUGUACAAUAUGUAUUCAAUUGUGUAGACAACAAUCUAACUCAACUGCUGCAGAAUAUUUAAGUCGUCCAACUCACGGGUUAUUUUGGGAUAAGAAUUUUUUCUGACAUUUGAAGAACAGCGGAAAAAAUUCAUUUUGGAAACAGUACGGGGUAACUUAGGGUAAUUGAGUCCUGUGAGCUGGAUGGUUUAAAAACUUUGCAUGUAGCAAUAAUUUUUUGACUAUAAUAUCGUAUAUAAUCUGUGCAUAUGUUAAUUUGAAUAGUUGAUAAAUAUACUGUAAAAGAAUGUGAAUAGUAUGCUUGUCUAAACUUUGUAAACACAUUAUUGGGAAUAUUUUAGCCGAAUCAAAUGCUAUUUUUUGUAAAACUUUCAUAAAUAGUUCCUUGUCGCAUUGGAAAUUAUUUGGAACGAACUGUUCACCUCACACAGGUGAAAUUAUGCCGUUAUUCUUCUGUGAACCUCGGUUGAAUAGCCUAAAAUACUUUGUUAAUCUCAGCAAAGUUUUGCCAUCUUCAACAAAACUGUUAAUAAUUAAAUAAUUUGAUUUGAUUUUUCUGGAGAAUUAAUUUAUUUUAAUUCCAAGUGUUUUUGUACAAUACCCCUAAACUUCCUGGUUGACUAGUAUUGACCAAUUUUUCGGUUCCAAAUCAUUUUCCGUGCGAUAUAAUUAAUAUUGAUUCUAUUCUAUGAUUCUAAUACAAUAAUUUAGCAUACUUCAGAUGGACGUAAUUGACACUGGUGACUAAUUAAAGUAUUCUAAUUAAGGACUUGGAAUUGUUUCUUCAUCCAAGGACCGUCAGUAAUUUGUUACAGUUGUGUAGUUCAGGCAUCGCGUUCUCGGGGGGUAGAUCUCGAGUUUUUUGGUGCCUGUAGGUUUAAGGUAGUGUGUAGCGAAUGAAGAUAGAUAGUUUAUCAGUUUUCAAUGAAAUGUAAUAUUUCCCGUAUAUGGGUAAUUAAUAAAAAUCAACUGCAAGUCCUUGUGUAUU